AUGCCACCGAAAAAAGACGAUAAACACGAAACCGAAGACGAAGAAGAAAUAGAAUGUGAGGUAACGAUUUCGUUCAAGGAUUUAGAAAAGUCUAUGACUAUUUUUACCGGAGAUGACACCUAUCCUAUUGAGACUUUUAUUGAUGAGUUUGAAGAUACUGCGCAGAUUAUGAAAUGGACAAAAGUCGAAAAACUGAUCUAUGCGAAGCGACUGUUAGAUGGAACAGCAAAGUUGUUUUUACGUUCUUUGGGAAGAGUUAAAGAUUAUUCCAGUCUUAAGAAGGCACUUAAAGAAGAGUUUGGACCAAAGAUCAACAGUGCAGUAGUACAUAAAAAGCUUGCUUCUCGUAAGAUGAAAAAUGACGAGACAUAUCAGCAGUACUUCUUGUCUAUGAAAGAGUUGGCGCUUCACGGCAAGGUCGAAGAUGCUGCUUUAAUUGAGUAUGUGAUAGACGGUAUUCGUGACCUGGAUACAAAUAAAGGUAUUUUAUAUGGCGCCUCGGAUAUCAAAGAAUUUCGCAAAAAGUUGGAAAUCUACAGCGAGUUCCGAAAGAAGAUUUCUAAUAAGCCUGCAAACUUUACUAGUGAUGUCCAACCAUCUAGAAACACAUCAUUUGGAAAGAAGAAUCGCGUCCAUAGAUGCUACAACUGCGGAGACGUAGAUCAUGUCUCAUCCAACUGCUCAAAAGGAGUCAAGUGUUUUAAAUGCAAUGACUUUGGACAUAAAGCUACUGAAUGUUCCAAACCGGCGAAGACACUAAACAUUCAAAGUAAAAACGAUGACGAGAAAGUUCCUUACAAGAAGAUAAAGAUUAACGGCCAAGACGCUUUAGCUCUGAUUGACACCGGAAGUGACAUUAACCUUAUUACGAAAUCGCAAUUCGAGAAAAUUAAAGAAAAUGUAAAAGACUACAAAAAUAAAACAACGUGCAUAACUGGUAUAGCAAAGAACGAAGUUUAUACAGAAGUAGAAGAAAAUGACGAAGAUGAUGCUGAUAAGCAAAUGGGUGAAACAGACAACGCUGCUGAGAAACUGGACCAGCAAAUAUGGGGUUCCGAAGAUGAAGAGGACCUUGAAGAGCAGAAUAAAAAAGGUAAGGAAGAACGAGGUACAGGUGAGAGCACUGGAGGAAAAAAGAUGGGUGUAAAAGAACAAGAGAAAAGGACAGUCGAUGGAUCGGAUGAUACGGACGGUGAAACAGAAACGGAAAAUCUAUUCGACAUUGACAUCAUGAAAGACAAUAUACCUGAAGAACAAGACGAUAAAAAUGAAGAAGACAAAGAAAAAGACAACAAGAUCGGUCUAGAAGUUUCCAGUGAUGAAGAAGAUCGUGGAGAUAAUACAGAACAGCAGGAUAACGAAAAUCAAGAAGCAGAAGGCGGCCCAGAGAAAGAAUCUAAAGACAAAGCGGAAAUUGAAGAUGAAGAAGCAGCCCGGAUAAGUGAUGACUUGGCGGAGGUGACACUUGUCAGAUGUGAGUAG